AUGUCAUUUGCUGCUCAGUAUAGGAACCCCUCUUGCAGUUGCAACACCGAGAGAUUACAGGAAGAAGCAGACUAUGGAGAUGAGGCUGAUGAACAGGACUGGCGUCACAGUCGAAAACGUGGACGUGAGGAGAACCAGGAGAUCCCGGCCAAUGCUCCGUGGUGGUUGCGCCUUGGUGCUGCCCGGCAGGAGGAGAAUCGCAAGGACCGGAAGGACCAGAAGGACCGGAAGGAUGCGGAUGACCCGUCAACGCCGGCAGAGCCCUGGUGGAUGCGAAGGGGAACAGGCUUAGGAUGGCUGCCCCAUGGUGAGGCUGGGCCACCAAAAGACGAGCACCUCAGUGGAGAGGAUACGCCUCCACUGGGCCGACCAGCUUCACUGCAUGGCGAGGUAACGCCACCUUUGCCCAAUGAAGAUGAGGGGAGUGUGACUCCGCCGUUGCUGGAUGAGGGAAGCGUGACCCCGCCCUUCAAGGAGGAACCCGAAGGCCCUGCGGAGGUGCCGACAUUCUCAGAGCCCUCCAAUGGCUUGAAGCGUGGCAGGUCGCCGCUGAGACCACCUCACCCACCGAAGCCACCAGCACAUGUGGAAGUGGAGGGUAUGGUCUUGCAGGCCCUCCGUGAGAAGGAUUCCACCAUACCGCAGAACUGGCCAGCCAUCGUUGCUGCUGCUUAUGCGAACGAGCAUGACAGCGUUCAGUGGCUCAUCAACUCCAAGGUGGAUGUGAACGCUGCAAAUUCAGCAAAGUCGAGCGCUCUGUCGCACGCAGUUAACACUCAAACAACUAAGGCGUAUGGUCCACAGUUUACUGGAAGGGAGAGCUGA